AUGGCUUUGCCACCAGAACUGAUUGAGGAGAUCCUGUCCUGGGUGACAGCAUGUGAUGUCAUUUCCUUUGGAGCCACCUGCCAUGCGUUUCAUGAGCUGAGCAUGAGCCAAUCAGUGUGGAGGAAGCUGUGUCAUCGUCAAGCGAUCAAAGCUCCGCCCCCCAACAGCCCCAUGAGCGACUGGAGGAGGACAGCCAUUUUGAAAUACUCCCAGGCUCUGUAUCUGCAGACUUUCAGUAGGGGGGCCAGCAGACCUGGAGUGUCUGUCAGGAGUCACCAUGGCGGCAGGCCACGUUACCCUGCAAUAGAGGCUGUCUCUCCACCUCUGGCCCUAGGCUACCGCAGGGCUAUGCCAACAAGAGACCACCUCCUUCUCUGGGACCAUCAAGGCACCCUCUUCGUGCUCCACAACUCCAUCAUUUCAUCAGUGCGCGGAUGGAGAACGACAGAGAGGGCCAGCAUCUACUCUGUGCUAUGCCACUACGUCAAAGAUUUUGCUGUAGACCCACGAAGUGACAUUUCAUUCCGCCAAUAUGUUUAUGUGUUGGCGAGGCACAACAAUGUCAUGCAGCUGCCUGAUUGGUUGAAUUAUUCAGGCCCUGCCUCGGCAUGUGAUUGUGUGGAUGUGUACAAACAGGACAACAGCCAGAGGGUGUUCCGAAUGACCUUUCACCCCUCGCUCAACUUCACCCAAAUCCGUCUCACUGGCUCGGAACUCAACAGGGUCCUCCUUCUGCUCACUGACUCAGGACUGGUCUACGCUCUCUCUGUAAAUGAGAGCCAGCUCAUGUCCUCGCCCUCCUACACUGUCCAGUUGACCCUGAGGAAAAUCAGCACAGCCCAGCCGUGUCUGCCCAUCCAGCAGCUUUACAGCAGCUAUAGCAGUGCCCUCUACGUCACUGUUGAGGGAGCAGUGUAUAUAGAGGUGCAUUCUGCAGGGGUGUAUCGCCAGCUGUUUGGAACUCAGCAAGGUUUUGAUCGCAAUGAUGUUCACUCCCCUCUGCCUCUCUCACUGCCAUAUAAGGUGGUGAAAUGUUCUAUAGCUCUUGGUCAUCUCUGUCUGUUGGAUGAGGGGGGAAGACUCUUUGUGAUGGGAAACAACCGUCACGGCCAGCUAGGAACCGGAGACAAAAUGGAUCGUGGAGAACCUACUCAGGUGGCACUGACUCUGGCUCCGGUGGACGUGUUUUGUGGGCUGAACCACACGCUGGCCCUCCUGCAGGGGGAGUCGGGAGACAGGGAGGUGCAAGGCUGUGGUUGUGGAGAAGGAGGUCGCCUCCCUGGGUGUCCCAAGGGCACUGCUGUGUUCUUGAAACUCGCUGUGAAGGUUCCCCGGACCGCUCGUUCACUUUGUGCCUCUAAAGACUGCCUGUACCUGCUCUGUUGCCAUGACGUCACCGAGCCCCCGGUGUUUCAGGCUGUGCCUCUCGGGAGGGAGGAGGAGAGGACAGAGCGCGCGGAAAGGGAGCGACUACAGAAUCAUCUCUCAGAGAUAAGGGAACGAGCGACCGCUCAGGAGCAACUGGAGACGCUGAGAGGGGCCGUGCGGAGUCACAUGACUCUAAACGCUUCUUUUAAGGAUUUUCUGAACGAGGCUCUGAUCGCCAUCCAAAAUCGCUGUGGUGACACAGAUUAG